CACUCCGCGGACACUCCGCGCCGAUCAGCGCCUGGGAAACGGGCUCCCUGCCGCGGCGGGGACAGGCAGUCUGUAAGAUGACCACAAUAACUUCUGCAGAAGGAAAUAUGGAGGUGGUCAGUGCCAGGAGAACAGAAUCACAUGAUGUUUCAGAUAUUAUCAGCCUCUUCAGCUAUUCUACAGAAUUCAUUUUUGGAAGGAUUGAUGUCAUGUACCUUUUAGAAAAAUCAAAUCUUGCUUUGACACUCUGCAACGAGAAGAAUGAGGUUAUAGCCAGUGCUGUCUUUCUGGACUAUCCAAAUUGGGAUCUCACUGAUCAGUCUGAUUGGGAGUCAUUCUUGCAUGAAAACUAUGAUAAUGAUAAAUGGACUCCUUUGAACACAUUGUUCAUGCAUCUUUUUGUGGCAAAAGAAGAAUAUACAGCUGGAUGUUCCCAAGAAAUUGUCAGGAGAGCUUUCAUCACAGUACCAGAACUGCAGUUUAUACUUCUCUUCAUUCCAGCUAUUGAGAAUUUAGAGCUAGACAUGGGAAAUGUCUUUGAGGAGGUGAGGACAGCUCCAGGUUCAGUACUGGGCACACAUUUGACCUUGCUGCUGUGCCCCCGGCACCGCUGUCACCCACAGCUCUAUGUUCGCAAAGCAAGGUUGGAAGAUUACGAUGAUCUCAUGGCAAUCCUGAUGGAUCAGAAUGAGACUCUGAAAGAAAUCUAUAGUGAAUAUUUCCUUGCUGAUCUCAUAGAAAAUCAAGAUGAAGAAAAUCAGGCAGCUGUUUGUGAGGAUGGUGAUACUGCUGUAGGAUUCAUGAGCGUAUGUUCUCAAGUAAAUGUCUCCUUGCUGCAAGAAUGUUUUGACUUGGGGCCUUUCCAUGGACUCUGUAAACCACAUCCUGAAGAUGUUCUCAAAAUGCCACAGAAGCCAAGCAUUCAAGAAGAUGAAGAUAAAAGCAACCAAACAAUUGAAGAAGGGGAGUCCGUUUCAUCUCAAAGCUUUGAACAUAUUCAUGAUCAGGAUGCAGCUGUGCAGCAAGGUGGAGCCACUGCUGUUUCCCAUGCUGAACUGCUGCUAGAUGAUGUCAAAGAUUGCAGAGCCUCAGCAUCACACCUCCCUGACACUGAAGAAAAAGCUGCUUUUCAUCCAGUGUACAAAGGAGCUUCAAAUGCCUUCUGUAUCUGUCUGUUUUGUAUUGAUGAGAAGCAUGAAACCAGAUCACUGGAUUUUUUGCAUUAUGUUUACCAGCUUUUUCCAGACAAAGACUUCUGUGUCAUCCUCGUGCCACAUCAUGUACCAGAGUUCCACCUGAUCAAGAGUUUUGUCCGCGUCGUCCCUUUUUGUACUUCCAAAAUUGGUCAUGAGCUUUACGUGUUCCACCGUGCAGGGUUGCUGAAGUCAUUCAAUGUAAGAAGGGCAACAACCAAUGACCUGUUUGGUGUCAAAAUGCUCAUUAACACCCUUAGCUUGAAUGAAAGUAUACUGAAUGACUCAAAGACAUUUACUCUGGCUCGCAGGGAUCCAGAUGGAACCCCAGUACAGGCUUUUGUAGCAGAAGUUUUGGACCAAAUAGUUGGCAUUUCUGUCAUUAGAGAUGAAAUGGAUAUUGAAUAUAUUCGUUCACAUUUCAACAUUGAGGAUUUUAUUAAUUUUAAUCUCUACCAGCAAGAGGAACAUGGACAUCUUUACCACUUUGUCUUAAAUCCUGUAUUUCAUCACUAUGCAAAACACUUUCUAAAGGAGAUUCUCCGCUUGGCCCACAAAUCUUCUCUUUACUAUCCUAUUUAUCCACAGUAUGUGGAAGGUCAGUUUCAGAAUCCCUGUGCCCAUUCUCUGACAUCUGCCCUUCAUUACAUGGUUCCCGUGCGACCAAGACGACAGAUUGUCUAUCCUCUGGAAGAGCUUGGCAUCAACGCUCCGUCAGAGCAGGUCUCCAAGGAUCAGUUGAGUUACUCUUUGAACCACAUAAAUCGAAAGCUGGUACUGGGAUCUAAAGUAUCUGUCAACACUAGAGUUGUGGUGGUUGGUGCAUCUGAUGUUGGAAUCUCUUUCCUGGAAACACUCAUUUUUUGCCCGCAUCUGAAGUUCAACAAUCUGACCUUGAUUUCAAUCCAUGGCCUUCCAGGAAAAGACCUACAGGGCUCCAAACACAGAAGAUUUUUAAUUAACAGCCACUGUUUUAAUGAUGAAGAUUAUGCACAGAUGUCACUUUGUUCCUGGGUUAACGUCGUGGUUGGUAAAAUGACUGGCAUAAAUCGUGCUGCCAAAUAUGUAGUUGUUUCCAAGAAGAAAAAAGUACCCUAUGACUACCUAGUUCUCUGCACAGGACUGAAGUACCAGGUUCUGGCUCCCACUGGAGCAGAUAUCAGUAAACUGCCAACUAAUAGAGAAGUCAUAAGUAAGUGGCCACAAAGACACACGGGGAAAAUCCCUUCCAACCAUUUUACUCUCAAUGACAGCCACGACUGCUUGAAGGCAACGCAGUGGCUGAAAGAAAAUGUUGUCAAUGCAGAAGGGAAUGUCAUUGUCUAUGGGAAUACAAUUGACAUUUACACCACGGUAGAGACCCUCUUAUCUCUUGGAAUUGGUGGUUCUCGCAUACAUCUCGUGCAGCCUCCACUCAGCUCAAACAUUUCUUGCCUGAACAACAACGAAAUUGAAAGUGCUGUUGAGGAGGCCCUGGCAGAGGCUGGGGUGUCUGUGUAUCGGGACAGCAUCCUGGCACAGUGGGACGAGGGUGACGACCCAGACCUCAUCACGUGUGCUGCUUUCACUACUGAUACAAAACCCUUUAAAUUGCAGUGCUCAGCAUUUUUUAGCUUUGCCUACAGGGAAGUGGAUUAUGAAACCUUUAAAGCAAUUAAUGAUGCUUGCCUUGUUUUUGAUGGAAGACUGGUGAUUGACACUGAGUUCCAUACAAAUGAUGUCAGUAUCAGGGCUGCAGGUCCUUUAACAAAGUACUCCAGGAGAUACUACGCAGACGAAUGGACACACAGCAACUUCAGCUCCAAAGAGAUUGGCUUUGAGCUUGCUACGUCUAUGCUGAACCUCUUUGAUCCAACUUGUGAGCCCACUUCCAAGCCACCAGAAGACUCAGAUAGACUCAUCCCCAUGUACAAAGGGUGUAAAAUUAAAGGAGGUGUUCUUCCUGGAGGUUAUAAUUACUUGCAUAUUUCCAAACCAGAAAUCCCCAUCCACUUGGACUUAAAACUUGCACUGUGUGAUCAUGGGAUGGAGAUUGUAACGGGAGAGGCAAAAUGUGGGAAUUAUUUCAGGAUACACAUUGACAAAUACAGUACGGUAGACAGCAUCACCUGCUUUUCAGAGGAACCCUUUCCUGCCUCCAACUACAUUUGUUUGUAUGGACAGCACGAGCGUCUUCUAAACGAUCUUUGUUACCGCUGGAACCAAGGGCAGAUCACAGAUCUUUACAGCUACUUCAGGGAAUCUUGGUCCAUGGCCAUCUAUCACGAUCGGUUUAUUGAUCUCAAGAAGGAACUGCGCCAAAUCCUGAUCUCAGAACAGGUUCCCGGGCUAUCCCCCGCCGACACGCCGCCCCCGGAGGACCUCGCCGAGCAGAGCCCCGGCCCGCUGGCCCUGUGGGACCCCAUCCUGCGCUUCCUGCGCCGACACCGACACCACCUCCCCAUGUACGCCCCGGCCAGGAUCACCGGCACCGGACCCCCCCCGAUGGCAGCGCAGGCCGGCGGAGACUGAUUCGGGCAGAGGCUGAGGAAGUGGCACCGGGAGGUGGCCUCGGACACCCCCCCCUGCCGAGACUGGGGCGUGAUUUGUGAAUCCACCCGUUCCCCGUGGAAAAGAGUCGCUGUGUAUAGGUAACAAUAAAGCCGCGGGAAAGAAGCUCCAGUUUCUGAUCCUCUUCUAAUGCGAGGGGGGGGAAGUGGAUUUACAGAAAACGUUGUGAAGCAGCGCAGAGCGGGGAC